UCGGCUGGGCGGAGCUUCAUGCUAAAGCCCCAGAGCCCGACGCGGCCGCCGCGGUAGCGGAAAGAGCUGAAGCUCAGAGGAGCUGCGUCUGCGGCAACCUGUCUGCUGACGCUACGUGCCUCCUGGCUCCGACCUAGCUGGCAGCUCACAGUCUCACUCCGUUCCUUCCCUACCUGGCGUGUACCUGCUCAAGGCCAGGGUCCUGGCAAGCGCUAGGAGGGCGAGUGCCAGGGCCACUAGGGAGCUGCGGAGCGCGCGCGCCAUGGGGCCACCGCCUGGGGCCGGGGUCUCCUGCCGCGUUGGCCGUGGCUCUUCCCGGUUGCUGGCAUGGUGCUUCCUGCUGGCCCUAAGUCCGCAGGCCCCCGGCUCCCGGGGGGCCGAAGCAGUGUGGACCGCGUAUCUCAACGUGUCCUGGCGGGUUCCGCACACUGGAGUGAACCGUACGGUGUGGGAGCUGAGUGAGGAGGGCGUGUACGGCCAGGACUCGCCGCUGGAGCCUGUGGCUGGGGUCCUGGUACCGCCCGACGGGCCCGGGGCGCUCAACGCCUGUAACCCGCACACGAAUUUCACGGUGCCCACAGUUUGGGGAAGCACCGUGCAAGUCUCUUGGUUGGCCCUCAUCCAACGCGGCGGGGGCUGCACCUUCGCAGACAAGAUCCAUCUGGCUUAUGAGAGAGGGGCGUCUGGAGCCGUCAUCUUUAACUUCCCGGGGACCCGCAAUGAGGUCAUCCCCAUGUCUCACCCGGGUGCAGGAGACAUUGUUGCAAUCAUGAUCGGCAAUCUGAAAGGCACAAAAAUUCUACAAUCUAUUCAAAGAGGCAUACAAGUGACAAUGGUCAUAGAAGUAGGGAAAAAACAUGGACCUUGGGUGAAUCACUAUUCAAUUUUUUUUGUUUCUGUGUCCUUUUUUAUUAUUACGGCUGCAACUGUGGGCUAUUUUAUCUUUUACUCUGCUCGAAGACUACGGAAUGCAAGAGCUCAAAGCAGGAAGCAGAGGCAAUUAAAGGCAGAUGCUAAAAAAGCUAUUGGAAGGCUUCAACUACGCACACUGAAACAAGGAGACAAGGAAAUUGGCCCUGAUGGAGAUAGCUGUGCUGUGUGCAUUGAAUUGUAUAAACCAAAUGAUUUGGUACGCAUCUUAACCUGCAACCAUAUUUUCCAUAAGACAUGUGUUGACCCAUGGCUGUUAGAACACAGGACUUGCCCCAUGUGCAAAUGUGACAUACUCAAAGCUUUGGGAAUUGAGGUGGAUGUUGAAGAUGGUUCAGUGUCUUUACAAGUCCCUGUAUCCAAUGAAACAUCCAAUAGUGCCUCCUCCCAUGAAGAGGAUAAUCGCAGUGAGACCGCAUCAUCUGGAUAUGCUUCAGUACAGGGAGCAGAUGAACCGCCUCUGGAGGAACAUGUGCAGUCAACAAAUGAAAAUCUACAGCUGGUUAACCAUGAAGCAAAUUCUGUGGCAGUGGAUGUUGUCCCUCAUGUUGACAACCCAACCUUUGAAGAAGAUGAAACUCCUGAUCAAGAGACUGCUGUUCGAGAAAUUAAAUCUUAAAAUCUGUGUCAAUAGAAAACUUGAACCAUUAGUAAUAACAGAACUGCCAAUCAGGGCCUAGUUUACUAUUAAUGAACUGGAUAAAUUUAAUAAAAUAAGAGUGAUACUGAAAGUGCUCAGAUGACUAAUAUUAUGCUAUAGUUAAAUGGCUUAAAAUAUUUAACCUAUUAACUUUUUUCCACAAACUCAUUAUAAUGUUUUUCAUAGGCAAGUUUCCUCUCAAUAGUGAUAGCAACAUUUUUAGACAUUCAAAACUGUCUUCAAGAAGUCACAUUUUUCAUUUAUAACAAUUUUCUUAUAAAAACAUAUUGCUUUUAAAAUGUGGAGUAGCUGUGAUCACUUUAUUUUAUGAUAGUAUCUUAAUGAAAAAUACUACUACUUUAGCUUGGGCUAUAUGUGUCAGGGUUUUUCUCCAGGUGCUUAUAUUGAUCUGGAAUUGUAAUGUAAAAAAGCAAUGCAAACUUAGGCUAGUGCUUCAUGAAAUGCCUAUUUAAGCUACUUUAAGUUAAUAGAACAAGUUUAAAGCAAAAUAUUCAUUUUAACUUUUUGUUGUUUUCAAAAUUAAGCUAAAUGUGCUUCAUGUGAGUGUCAACCAUAGUUUCUCAGAGAUUAUGGACUGAAUUGAUUGGUAUAUUAACGACACCAAUUCGACACAAGAUUAGACAGAAAGGUUCCUUACAAAAACACUGCGUAGCUAUUUCUCAAACUUGUGGGAUUUUUCAAAAGCACAGUAUAUGAAUCAUACUGUUUGACAAUGGUAAUGACAGAGUAAGUAACACUAAUAUUGGUCAUUGAUCUUUGUGCAUGAAUUAGUCUACGGAAAAGUGUUCUGUAAAAUUAGUUGUUGAAAAUGAUUUCCAAGCAAUGUUACUUUGAAAAUUGAGUUUAUGUUUGACCUAAAUGGGCUAAAAUUACAUUAGAUAAACUAAAAUUCUGUCCCUGUAGCUAUAAAUUUUGUGAAUGCAUUUUAUUGGUGUUUGAAAAAGAAGGUGGGGGGGAAUUCCAGGUGCCUUAAUAUAAAGUUCGAAGCUUCAUCCACCAAAGUUAAAUAUAGCUAUUUAAGAAUGCACUUUAUUUGUACUCUUUGUGGCUUAUCUUUUGUUUUAGAGUUUUGUUCAAAUUCCAGCAGAAUUUAGGCAACAAUAAAACAGACAUGUAUUUUUGUUUGCUGAAUGGAUGAAACCAUUUCAUUCUUGUACACUGAUUUGAAAUGCUGUAAAUAUGUCCCGAUUUGUAUUGAUUCUCUUUCAAUAUAAAAUGUAAAUAAAAUAUUCCAAUAAAAGCUUGUGUCUGGUGUUAGUU